AUGUCUGAUAUCGAGUACACGCACUGGCUGCAGAUCGAGCGUGGUGCCACCUGCAUGGUUGUCGGCUCCGCUGGCCGCACUCCGACCUUCGUUGAUACACUUCACAAAGCGCGGAAGCGGGUCGACUCGUGCAGGCCGGGACCGGCGCAGGUGGACGCGGUCGCGGGAGCACGCGCGACGUGCGACGGCAUGCUGGAGAGGGUGAAGGCGGCGCUCGAGCGCAUCUUUUUAGAUGCGGAUGCAAGCGGCGCCAAGGCUGCAGACGCCAACGCGCGGCUGCAGGCGGUGGCGAGCGAGAGCGUCGCCAACUUUGCCGCAAUCUUCCUCGAGUACAACGCGCUGUGCGAGCGCUCGAUACUGAAGCCGAUCGAGACGGCGAGCGCUCGUGCGCCGUCUACGGAACUGUCCCGGGACUUUGCACUGCUCAAGAACACGUACGGCGUGGAGCGUGCCUUCCUCUGCGGCGCGCUCGCCCUGCCCACGGAGGCGCUGUCCGCCAUGCCUCCGCACGCCUCGUCUGCGCUGGUCGUCAACCUGCAGCGGCAGCGCGCCCUCAUCGAGCGGAUCCAGACCCUCUCUCCGCCGCGCGCGCUCGAGCUCAUCGGCGCCGCGUUUGAGCUGACGCCGCCCGAGCUGAGGGACGUCCACAACGAGCUCCAGCGGAGCCUCGACGUCGCCGCCCUGAAGAGCGGCGGCUUGCGCGCGGCGCGGUGGUUCGAGCUCAUGACGGCGCACAUUGACAAGCUCGAGCCGCCGGCCGGAACGGAGAGCGAUACAGAAGAAGGCAGCUGCGCCUGCGACGAGUUGCGCCGCCUCUCGGGCGACCAGAUCAAGGAGAUGCUGCUGAGGCGCGUCGCGGCGGCCGCCGCGCCGCCCCCCGGCCUUUCGGCGAGCCAGGCGGCGGCUGGGCCCCCGGCGGGCAGCGCUGCGGCGUCGAUCGAUGCGGCAGAGGAUGCGGAGAGGCAGGCGGAGAGGAGCCGCUUCGCCAGGGCAGCGGCGGUGGUGACGCGCGGCAGCGGCGGCAGCAGCGGCGGCGGCAGCAGCGGCAGCGGUGGCGGCGGCGGCGGUGGCGGCGGCGGCGGUGGCGGCGGCGGUGGCGGCGGCGGCGGCGGCGGUGGCGGCGGUGGCGGUGGCGGCGGGAGCAGCAGCGGCGGCGGCGGCGGUGGUGGCGGCGGCGGCGGGGUGCACCGGAUUGCGCUGCCUUCGCUUGCCUUCCGCAACCGGCUGGGGCGGGGUCAGAGCGGCUCCACCUACCUGGCGGAGUGGGGCGGCCGCAGGGUGGCGGUCAAGGUUGCGUGUGGGCGCGAGGAUGCGCACACGAGUUGGCAGGUGGAGGUCGGCAUGCUGCUGCGCGCGUCCCAGCCGGGCCACCCGAACGUGGAGCAGCUGACCUAUUGCGUCGUGCUCGAGUACUGCGACGGCGGCGACCUGCACCAGGCGCUACAGCGGCCCACGCCGCCCGGCUUCUUCCUCCGCGUCGCCGGUGGCGUGGCGACUGGGCUCGCCUUCCUGCACGGCCGCGGGAUCAUGCACCGCGACCUCAAGUCGCCGAACGUGUUGCUGCACGGCGAGCGCGGCGUCAAGAUUGCCGACUUCGGCCUCGCCGCCCUCCGAGGCGAUUGCAGCGGCAGCAGCAGCCGGAGCAGCAGCGUCGGCGGCAGCGGCAGCCGCGUUGUGAUGCGCGAGGCGUACUCGGAGAGCGCCGACGUGUUUAGCCUCGCCAUGAUCCUCUUCGAGCUCAUCACGCACACCGUCCCCUUCUCCGACCGCUCGGCGCUGCAGGCUGCCGUCUCGAUCGGGCUGCAGCGGCUGCGGCCGGCGAUGCCGGACGGCACUCCCGACGCGGCGCGAGAUCACCGAGAUCAUCCGAGACCCCCCGAGACCCCCCGAGAUUGGAUGCCGGGCGGCACUCCCGACGCGGCGCGAGGGAGCGGGCCUGCGCGCGUCUCCCCCUCGAGACGCGCCCCCCGGGUGGCGUGCUGGGCGGAUGACGGCCGCGCGCGCCCGAGGGCGUCGCACGUCGCGGAGCACGUCGGCUCCAUCGAGCUCGCGCUGACUCCGGCGCAGCGCCAGUGGCUCGACUGCCCGGCCGGCCACCGGCUACCGGAAGGCGCGCCGGCCGUCCUCUGCCGCCCCGGCGCGGCGCUGCUCCGCAGACAGCCGGCGCCGGCGGGAGCCGGCGGGGCGGGCGGCGGGCGGGAGGGCAGGGAGCUCGGCGCGGUGUCCGAGUCGCCAGAGCUGCGGUGA